AUGUUUGUUUCUGACAAACAGGUGAAAGGCACAGUUUAUAGAAUCACUGGAUCAAUUCCUGCCAGCAACUUCAUUCAGUUCCCUCGCACCAGCACUCAGUCAUUAGGGUUGACCGGUAGAUUCUUGUACUGCCUAUUCCGUCCGAUUGCUGGAAAGUACUUUGUUGUCCAUGUGGAUUUAGCAACAGAUGAUGGACUUACCAUUAGGAUUUCCUUCUCAAAUAUGUUUAAAGAGUUCAAGUCCACCUCAACAUGGCUACAGUUUCCAUUUGUCUCCAGCCCUCCUCCUGGUUCAGUGGAUGAAGCUACUCUCAGUGAAGCGGGCACCAUAACAAGUCUUGUGGGCACUACUUCUCAAACAACUCGCUGGACUGUUCUGGUGCUAGACUUUCGAUACAUCCUUUCUGUCUACCUGAACCGCCAAUAUUCUUACAUGAAAAGCAUUCGCUUGUGUGCCAACAUGUUUCUCAAAGGACUCUUUACAAGUGACAUAGAUUAUGCACCUGGCAUUUCUGCUUCUGAAGCCAGAAAACUAGGCUUACUGGAUAAAGGAAUCAGUCCUUUGCCAAGAGAAAUGGCAUUUCCUUUAGCCAAGGGAGCAGAUUGGGACCAGUUAUAUGACUACAUCAAAUUCCCUCCUGAUUCCAAAAUUGCACAAUUUGGAAUCAUGGCAAAUAUGAAGUCUACAUUACAACAUGCCAAUGGGGAGCAACCUCCAACCGCUGCAAGGGAAGAAAGACGGGUCAGAGUAAAUCAUGUCAAUCAGGUUGGUUCAUCUGCAAAACUUUCCCAAGAAACUUCUCAACACUCAAGAGGUGACAUAAAGACACGUCAAGCAGUAACCUCAAGGGUAGCAUUAGUGGACAGACUUAAUCCACACAAGCAACACCCAAAAAAGCGCAAACACAUUGUUCCUACUGCCCUACCAGCAGUAGGAAUCCAAGGAGCACAAGUGGCAGAUCCAAAUUUUGGUGAAGUACAUGUCUAUGCCCACCCAAAUAAAUCUGUCACUAAUCUUCAACAACGGAAAGAACCAGAUAAGGUCCAACAGUUGGAAAGAAUGGAAAUACCAAAGGCUUCUAGGGCAGGAAACUUCACGACGCUCAAACCAGAUCCCAUUCUGUCUCUGAAAAGAGUUGUGGGGUUUGGAGAUGUGUCAUCUGGACAACAACAGUUUUUUAUGGGUCACACAGACAAGGUUUCAGCCCUGGCCUUUGAUGGUCAAAGAGAUAUUUUAGCUUCAGCCCAGACUGGAUCUCCUUCUGUUAUCAGAAUAUGGAAGUACCACUCACAAAAGUGCACCGCAAUGUUUCGAGCCGAAGUGCAUGAUGUGCACUGUAUAAGUCUUUCAUACAGUGGCAACAUUUUAUGUGGUGUUGGAAAAGACAACCUUGGAAAGCAGCUGAUUGUGGUUUGGGAUAUCAGUCAUGCUAUCAGAGGUGGAGAAGUUUCCAUUAUUGCCAAAGCACACACUGAUAUUGAUAUUCAGCGCAUGAGAAUUGCAGAGUUUGAUGACAGCAGGUUGAUCUCUUGUGGUAAUGACAACAUUCGUUUCUGGCGAAUUCGCCAUGGCUCUUUGAGGUCUUGUCCAGUAGAUCUUGGUCGUCAAGGCUUGGUUCAUUUCACUGAUAUAGCUUAUGGAGCCAAAAAUCCCACAAGUGCAGAUCCUACAGUUAGAAAAGUUUAUUCCUGUACAAACCAAGGGACAAUUUAUCAGAUUGACUAUCAGAAGAUCAUGCUGGACAAAGUAAUCAGACUUCUUCCUAUUGGUUCUCGUAGCAACCUAGUUGGCAAGUAUGGUGGUACAAUUCCAACUGAGUUUGGAAUCAGACUCAAUUCACUCUAUGUAAAUGAGUCAUUUUGUGCCACUGGCUCAGAUGAUGGUUUCCUUCGGUUGUGGCCUUUAGAUUUUUCCACUGUGUUCCUUGAAGCUGAACACGAGGGCCCAAUCACAGCUGUUAACAUCUCUAGUGAUGGACUUAAUGUGUUAGCAGGAACAAACACGGGUAAUCUUGGUGUAUUAAAUACAUCAACCCGCACCUACUCCACACUGAUGAGAUCUCAUACGCAAAAGAUCUCAGCCAUGUCAUUUGAUUCCACUCACCGUUAUCUGGCCACAGUGUCCUUUGAUGAAUCAAUACGAGUCUGGGAUCUUGACACUCUUGCACAGCUGUUUGACUUUCAAGCUCCUGGUGAGCUCCCCUGUGCCAUUGCAUAUCACCCUCAGCAGCAGUGCUUUGCCUGUGGGUUUAUGUCAGGAUGUGUAAGAGUGUUCCAUGUCGGGACAACAAAUCUGCUAGCUGAACAUAACCAGCAUGCUGGCCAAGUGACAGGCUUGGUGUUUACACCUAAUGGAGAAUUCAUGCACAGUGCAGGGUCACUAGGUAAUAUAGUUUCCAAUAUUCAUCGUGGUAACUGUUCAAGUUUAGCUGUGAGCCAUGAUGGAAAAUAUCUGGCCUCUGCUGGAGACAAAGUUGUAAAGAUUUGGGAUUAUCAUAUGCGACUGGACAUUAACUUUCAGGUCUUUAUUGGCCAUUCAGAUCACAUUCAGCAAGUUGCUUUCACUCCAGAUAAUCUUGGGCUAAUUAGUGUAGGAGAGGCCAUUUUGUUAUGGGAUUUUCAUGGAAGAGUGAGGCAGACACAAGUGAAUGGAGGACGCAACCCACAGAAAAGUUACAUUCCUGAACUAGCAGCAGAAAAAAGUGUGAAAAUCACUCCUGAAAGACCAUAUAGUCCACCAAAUGGUCAUCCUAACACAGUCAUCCCAAGAAAAUCAGUUCCAGUACCAACUAAAUAUGAACCUCCUCAGUUUGACAUCAGCCCAAUUCCUGCUGAUGUGCAUGACAGCGAAAAUGUUCGUGGUACCCUUGAUAGAGUGCUGCAGAGUGAAGUUCAUGAUAGUUACUCUCCAGAGAAAAGCAAAAGCCCCCAAAAACAAGUUUUGCUCAACACUGGUGAAUCUGGCUCCCCUGUCAAGACUAAACCUCCUGCCAGAAGAUUGAACUUCAAUGUUCCCCCACCGGGUGGAUCAAGAGUAGUAAACAGUGAUGACCAUCCUGUCCCUAAGGUCACUAGACACUACAGGUGCCGUGCAAGGACUUCCUCUUUGGCCGACCGCAGAUACACAGCUCCUCCAAACCAAGCAGGACUCCAGCUAAAAUCUGUUCUUGGAUAUAAUGGGAAUGGAAGGAAGAAUUUGGUCUGGAAAUAUGACACAGGCCUCUUUGCCUACACCAGUGGGUGUCUUGUGGUCAUGGAGGACCUUCAUUCUGGUACUCAAAGGCACCUUAUGGGGCACACAGAAGAGAUCUCUACAUUAGCCCUACAACAUGAUGGUCUGAUGCUGGCCUCAGCUUCUGGGCCUUCUGAUACAGUAGCCAGUCAGAUCCUCUUGUGGAACCUGCCAGAUGGAGUUUGUCAAAAGGUUCUAACCCACCAUGAACAUGAGAUAGUCUGUCUAGCAUAUUCCCGUGAUGACAGAUUCCUUGUGUCAGUGGGUGAUUACAGGGAGUGUUCUGUUGUGGUUUGGAGCACAAGAGACUUGGUAGUCCUUGCCUCCUCUUUUGCCAGGCAUCCAGUUCAUGACAUCAUGUGGGAUCCAUACACUGCUAAUGAAUUUUGCUCUGUGGGUCAAGAUGGCUCUGUGUUGUUUUGGUUACUGGAUGAGACUGGUGAUCAGAUGACACUCAAUGUUCAUGAGCCAGAGGUUCCAGAUGAACUUACACAGUCCAAGAAAGUUAGAGAUGAGUAUUAUGAUUUCACAGCUGUUUGGUAUGCAGGAGACAGUACUAUGUAUGCUGCUACAAGCUCAGGAAUGUUAUCUGCCUGGGACACCAGGCAGAACAAGUGCUUCAUUCACUGGCAAGGAGACUCUGCUGAAAUUGGUAUGCUUAUGGGAUAUGGUGGUACUCUUAUUGCUGGCAGUGCCUCAGGGAAUCUCAGAUUGUGGUCUGUGGUAGGAGUGAGUGAGAUGCGACUUCCUGGAGAUGCCACAAGAUUAUCCAGCAAUGGUUUGGUUAUGGAAGAUGAAAUGACACUUGAUGGAGCCAUUAUUUCUGCAUCAUUUGAUGAAGCAUUGGAAACUGGCAUUAUCGGUACAUCAUCAGGUACAUUAUGGUAUGUCAACUGGGAUGAAAGAACCAGUAUCAGGUUGGUCAGUGGCCAUGCACAGAAGAUUAAUGACUUACUCUUCAGUGGUCCAGAUGACCAAUACUUUGCAACAUGUAGCACUGAUGGAAUCUUACAUCUCUGGAGCAAGGAUAACUUGGAACAUCUUCAGUUUCAAGUUCUUGGACAGAAUUGCAACUGUGUGUCCUUCAGUCCAGUACCAACUGCCACUCCCACUAAAUCUGUCACAAACGAGGGACAGACUAUCGCAACUGUCCACCCACAGCCUCAACCUGAUGAUGAGACUAUUAUUCACCCUUCACAUUGUGCUGCUGGGUACAGUGAUGGAACUAUCAGAAUAUUUGAUUUGGGUAAAGUGGAAAUGGUUAUGAAAAUGCAGCCUCAUGCUGCCGCAGUGACAGCAAUAGCAUUCUCAUCUUUUGGAAGAGUGAUUAUCAGUGGUGCUGAAGAUGGUUUGCUGGCUAUCAGUAGUCCCUCAACAGGGUUGACAGUGAGACUUCUGAAUGAUCACAAGGGUGCACCAAUCACAUGUAUUCACAUCUCAUCUAUUAAGGAUCAACAGUACCCAAUGUCAUCCCCAUUGCUGUGGCUAGCAGCAAGUGCUGAUCGCCGCAUCAGUAUCUGGAGUGCUGACUGGUCCAAAGACUUCUGUGAAUUAGUAGACUGGCUGACAUUUCCUGCCCCACCCUUUGGACCUGAUGGACAAGCUCUUAGGAGAGGGGACCCUGCCCACUUCUCACAGCUGCCUCCAAGCCUGGCCCAAUUCUCUCCUACAGACCCUGACAUUGUUGUUUACACUGGCUAUGGCAUGCAGAAAGCUGUUCAGUUCUACAGUCUGGCUCAGAAAAAGGUUGUACAUACUGCAGCACUCACUCAGUGGGUGACCUCCAUGGAUAUAUCACCCAUGGGACAUCUCAUUGCUUUUGCAACAGAAGAGCGAUUAGUCAAACUGAUGGACUACAAUGAGGGAAGCUUUCAGGAUUUCGUGGGACACUGUGAUGGUGUGAACAAUGUUAGGUUUGCACCAACUGGGGAACUACUGUGUUCAACAAGCCAGUCAGAAAUUUUGAUGUGGAACGUCAGGGCUGAACUUGAUUAGGUUGCAUGAACCAGUAUUGGAGUUCCCAACAGCACAUCUCCAUACUCAGAGGAUGAAUUGAAAAGAUAGUACAGUACAACAAGAUCUAGCCAGUUUGACUGAAGAGGAAGGGGAGGGCAGAGUAAAAUUUGUGUGCAAAGGGUAACCAUUCGGGGAACAGGAUGAUCCCACUGAAUCUGACCUAACAUCCAGCAAAUGAUAGAAAUUUCAUUGGAAAACAAAUGCACAAUGUCCCAAAAACAACCGCAAAACAGUAGCCUGGUGAAAAGUAAAGUAACAUGAAAACUCUCAAGACAUAUUGCUCUCAAAAAAGCAACACUUAUUUUAUAUACACAAAAUCAUACACAUCACAACACUCACAAACUUAAAAGUAACAUGUUACAAGUGAGCAUAUUCCACCAAUAUGUAUAUCAUGGUGGUCAAGAAACUCUCUUGAGAAAUUCCUCUGUAAAUGAAGAGGGUAAAAAUCUGAGUCUCCUGAAAUGCCAUGAAAUGUUUGAAAAGAAUAGAAAAUUUUCUUGUAUUGAUGUAAAUUCUUUCUGGAAAUGGUUUGAAACCUGAAUCUGUUGUCUUUGUGGCCCAAUGUGGUAAAUAGCCUCAAAGGCUCUCUCUUAAAAGUUAUUGCAUAGUCUGUAAACAACACGACUUCUAGAGAGGGUCACAUGUUUAUGGAGUGUUGUACGUACUAGUUGCAUACAGUCCUGUUGUAAAUAUCACAGAAACUACGUGUGAAUAUAAUUUGUUAAUAUUUUGUGAUUAAUUGUGGCAGACUUUUUUACACAGCAGUUUACAUGCUUACCAGGAUUGGUUAUUUUGUAUGCAAUAAUACCACUGAUAAGUGUGUAGAUGUAAAAUGCAUUUGAUCUCAACAACCCAAGGAUCCAUAAACUGUCGCCAUAAAUUCCAGUGUUACACUCACUGUCAGUAGUAGCAUUAAACUGAGUCUUUUUCCUUGCAGAUCACACAAUAAUAAUUCACUUUUCCUUUAAAAUUCCCACAAGUAAUACUGAUUUUACUUCAACUGUCCAUGUGUGUUUUGUGUCCAAAGGACAGCUGUUUGAAUUGCAUAUAUUCACUAUGUAAUAACCAUUAUACUGUAUUUCAUAGAG